CGGUGAGUCGUACGACCGUUUUGUUCCACAAGAGAACACAUCAGGAGUCAGUAAGAUCCAGAAGGAAUACUGGCAGACCAAACAGAAACUCAUCAAGAAGUUUGGGAAGAAGGAAGACGAGUUUGUUGUGGCAGGAGACGCUGACGUUGACUCUAAAUUAGAGGUGUUUCGGUCCAUCCAGAAGUCAUGUAUGGACUUGUUAAGAGUUAUUGAGAAAUACCAGGACAACUUGUGUGCCCUGUCGCAGGCAGAGAAUGAGCUGGGUCGGUUCCUGAAGUCCCAGAGUCAGAUCGACAAGACUCGAGCCGGCAAGAUGAUGGCUGCUGUCGGCAAGGCUGAGAGCUUCUCUAGUCAACAGAGGCUGGCGCUGAGGGUGCCCCUGGUGCGCCUGUAUCAGGAGGUAGAAACGUUCCGGUACCGCGCCAUCUCGGACUGCCUCAUGACGAUAAACCGGAUGGAGACGUCGCGUACGGAGUACCGGGGAUCGCUGCUGUGGAUGAAGGACGUGUCGGAGCAGCUCGACCCCGACACAUACAAGCAGCUGGAGAAGUUCAGAAAGGUGCAGACGCAGGUGCGCAGUACCCGGGGGAAGUUUGAGAAGCUGAAGAAUGACGUGUGCCAAAAGGUGGACCUUCUGGGAGCCAGCCGAUGUAACAUGUUCUCCCACACCCUGGCCACUUACCAGAACACCCUCCUGCACUACUGGGAGAAAACCGCUAGGACGCUCAGCGCAGUGCAUGAGAGCUUCAAGGGGUACCAGCACUACGAGUUCACCAUGCUUAAGCAACUUGAAGGUCCAGUACAGAAGCUAAUAGAGCAGACAACAGGAGAGAGGAAGGAGGGAGAGGUGGAGAAGGGAGAGGAGGCAGAGGAGGAGGGGCCAAACAGUCUUGACCUCCUACAACUUGAAGAUGAUGAGUUAGAGGACAAAGGUCACACAGAGGACAAGGACAAGUGUGAUCGCUGUCAGGACGACAGAAAGACAGAAGAAAAGAGCAGCAGAACGGAGGAGGAAGACCAGGAAGACAACAUAGAUGAAACCACAAGACUAAUAUCGUUCGGUGAGGAAAGGAAAGCGGACGGUGCGGGCGGGACGGAUAACGGUGUGGACGCCACGGCGAACGGAGACGACGACGACCUACUGAACAUGAUCGAUGAGCUGACAGUCGGAGAGGACGAAGAGUUCACAAACUUCGCCGACUCUCGUCUGGACCUGCAGAAACAACGACAGGAACAUGGUGCUGGGAAAGAUCUUCUGUCUGACGAACCUGCCAACAAUGACCUUGACCUUGACAAGGAUGACAUGACCUUGCUCAAUGAGAUCCUGAAUGCCCCCUCAACAGGGGAGGAUGAGUUUGCGCAGUCGUGGCAGGCGGUGUACGGUAACCAGCCUCCCCCCAUGCAGAUCCCCGCCGUGACUGGUGAGGGGGAGGGCAGCAUGCGACAGUUCCUCCCCUCACAGCUGCUGGAGAUGCAGGCCGCCAUGAGCCUCGGAGGCCUACCACAAGGACCCGGCGGUCCCCAGGGCAUGGCUCCGAUGCAGGGCAUGCCUGGUCAGCCUCCCAUGAUGCCUACUGCCAUGCCUGGUGCAGCAGCUCCCCCUGGAGGCCAGCAGCAGCACAACAUGCCAGGACAGCAGCAACCACAGCAGCAGCAGCCGCAGCAGGAACAGAAAGCCAAACCAGGAAAAGGUGCCGGCAAGGACAUGUCCGCCUGGUUCAACCUGUUUGCGGACCUGGACCCGCUCGCCAACCCGGAUGCCAUCGGAAGGAAAGAAGGAGAGAACCAGGAAGAGAGGAAUUGCUGAGGCCCCCGAGGCUGGCCCUUGCAGCCACAGUGUGUGCCUGUUUGGUAGCAAAGUAGGCAGAAGAUAAAAGAUAUUAAUUUAAAUAAAAAUUGAAUCCAGAUACUCAUGCCAACUGACAGCAGUGUUGCAAGACAAGCUUCUUUUAGGAAUCCAGAUUAAACAAAAACAACUGCAUGCCUUAUAAGGGUAUAACACUGA